UUAUUAUGAGAGCUCACAUAACCAAAAGGUGGUAGGAAUUUCAGAUUUUUCGACUGAUUUUUAGAGAGACUCAUUAAAAUAGCUUAAACUGGAAAUGGUACAAGCCUGGUACAUGGACGAUAGUGAAGAUGAUCAAAGAUUGGAACAUCAUAAAACACCUCCGCAGUUUUUAACUCUUCAGCAGCUGUACAGGAUUACUGGAGUUGAAUACUUUGAGGUUGAACAUGAGAAUUACUCGAACAAUAAGAAAUUGAAGGAAUUGCGGGAGUCAAGGGGAUAUUCUUAUGAAGACGAGAUCGUGUGUUCCGAAGAAUGUUUGCCGAAUUAUAAAGAAAAGUUGAAGAAUUUUUUUACCGAACAUCUACAUACGGAUGAAGAGAUUCGCUUGGUUCUUGCCGGAUCAGGAUAUUUCGAUGUUCGAGAUAAAGAUGAUAAUUGGAUAAGGAUCAAAGUAACUCCGGGAGAUUUGAUAAUAAUCCCCAGUGGCAUUUAUCAUCGAUUUACUUUGGAUAUGAAGAAUUUUAUCAAGGCAAAACGUUAUUUCGUUGGUGAGCCAGUCUGGCUGCCUUACAAUCGACCAGCCGACGAGAUGGAAUGCCGCCAGGCAUAUUUGCAUCGCCUACAAACGAGUUUUCCAAUGAUCGGUCAAUGAAAAGAGGAAAUUGCAAUAAAAAUUCUAUAUUUCGUACACUUCCGAUGGAAGUCUUCCGACCACUAAAGAAAUCCACUUCAGUGUGGAAGAUCUUACGAAAUUCAUUAAUCAAUGUCUAUUUUUGUAAUUUGGGAUAUACUAUUAUGGGAAUUAAUCAAAUAAAUUAUAAGGCACUUGUUUUUCUUCAAUAGUUCGCGUGAGAAUGAUUGUGAUACGUUCGAGUUGUAAAAAGAAUUACGAUGAUUAUGAAAUGCAAAUAUCUAUGUGAAAUAGAAGUUCAGUGAAAUGUAGACGUGAAUAUAUGGAUUAAAAAAAUUUAUUAUGUA